AUGGAGUGCGAUAUGUUUGAACUGAUGGGUUGUGUUCCAUUUGCCGUCGGUAAUGAGAAUUCAUCAAAUCCACAUGAAAACGUACCUGACCAUUUCGUCGUCGACGUGAGCAAUCGAAUAAGCUAUGCCAUGCAACUGUUGGAUGUUAUUGAGGUUGGAAGUGAAGAGAGGGAUCUUGGUUACGAGUUACUGGAUCAUGGUUGCCUUCAAGAAGACGAAAUACCAAGAGUUGGAAUGCGGUUUGCGCAGUUGCAGAUGGCUCAUGAAUUCUAUGUUACUUACGCAAAGAAAAUAGGAUUUGUAACUAAGAUAAGGAUGGCAACAUGUGACAAGAACAUAAAGAAACCCGUUAACCAAGCUAUCCACUGUAAUCGAGACGGGUUUUGCGGGUCUCGUGUCAAAGCACCAACGCAGAAGAACACGAUUUCAGCUGCUGGGUGCAAGGCAAGGAUAUAUGUAAAGUUUGAUAAGGACAUGCAAGAGUGGGUUUUGUUCAAGGUUGAGUUGAGGCACUCACACCCAUGUUCAGCGAGAAAGGCGGUGUACUACCAUGAGUUUAGGGACCUGACCAUGCAUGCGAAGUGUGUGACCGAGGAUAAUGAUAAGGCUGGGAUUCGACCAAACAAGACAUCCCUAGCUUUAGCAAAUGAGGAUAGGGGCCCGUCUAACCUGGGAUUCUCAGAAAAGGAAUUAAGAAACUAUAUUACAGCAAGGCCCCAAACCAGCAACGUGAAUGCGGAUGUGAGGGAGAUGAUGAACUACUUCAUGAGAAUGAAGGACAUCAAUCCUAACUUCUUCUACGCGGUGAAGUUGGACGAGGAGUGUAAAUUUAGGAGUGCAGUAUGGGUAGAUGCAAGGUGUAGGGUGUCGUAUGAAUAUUUCGGAGACAUCAUGUCAGUUGGUAGCACCUAUAGUACAAACCGGCAUGGAUUACCAUUUGUGUCGUUCGUCGGUGUCAACCACCAUAAAAUACGUUACCCGAUACACGCCACUGGUGGUGCAUCUGGCACAUUACGAAGAAGUUACUGCACAAGCUUGGAGGUUAUCGCUGUAACACCUUCACUAUCAGAAGUCAUGCUUCCGGCUGCGCUACUCUGA